CGCUCACUUACUCUCAAAGGCACAUGCAGCCUCCAAACUCACUUCAGUCUUUCUCAGUUCUCCACAAACAAUUUGACCACUUUUUAGUAAUUAAUGCAUUCGUUACGCAGUCUAAAUGUAGUGUGAGUGAUCGACGAAGACAACCCAAAAUGAAGAUGUUGCUUUUAAGUUUUAAUACUUAAUUUUACGUUUUGAACGGUAGCGUUUCUUUCAGCUUUAGCACGCGCGUAACGUCAAAUCGAGUGACGCGUGACUGAACUCAUAUAUGGGACGGUGUUCACGCGAACAGUAUCCAGUGAGAAUGAUGACAGCUCAUACUCAGCGCAGAGACUCUCAAGAAAGUUGGAAACUGAACAUUGGAGCAUCCAACGUUGCUUAGGGCAUUUCACAACAGGAAGCCAAGCUUCGAGACGCAUUGUUUAGUCAAAGCAAGCAGGAAUACUCACUGAUGCUCACGAGCUGGGGAAACUGUUGACUCUUUUCUUCAAAGUGGGAUAUUAGAAUUGGAAACGGAGUAUUGGCUGCGUUACUUUUGAUGUCUCCGAACAGCACACCUGUAAAGAUUUCUACUUCCUGUGAUAGAAUCACACCAUGCCUGAGGGGGCGGGCCGCGACAGCCAGAAAAAAAACAACAACCAAGCUGCCAAGCGCCCCUCCUCUGUGUCCUCGCUGAGUGGGAUUGUGAGCCGCAUGGCCUCCUCAGGCGGUGCGUCCCGUGGGAGCUGCACCUCUGUUAACACGGUGUGCUCCGACAGUGACCGCGGUGCCAGUCUCAGCUCCUCUGCCUCAUCUGCCUCGCUGCAAGAUGGACACUCGUCUUCUUCCUCCUCAUCGCUCCCCUACGGAGCCAUGCCGGUUUACCCUGGGCCACAACGAAACGGUUCAGACAUCAGCCUGGACCUCACCCCUCUCUCCCUGCUGACGGGAGCCAGUCCCCUCCCCGCCUCCUCAACACCACUGCACAAACUCACUCGCCUGGAGAGGGUGGCGCUGGAGAUAGUGGAGACUGAACAGGCCUACGUGAGGGACCUCAAGAGCAUUGUGGAGGACUAUCUAGGCUGCAUUAUUGACUGUGGAGACUUGCCUCUCAAACCAGAGGAGGUCAGCACCCUCUUCUGCAACAUCGAAGACAUCUAUGAGUUUAACAGUGAGCUUUUGGAAGAUCUGGAACGAAGCCCCCAUGCCACAGCCAUAGCAGAAUGCUUUGUGGAGAGGAGUGAAGCUUUUGACAUUUACACCAUAUACUGCAUGAAUUACCCCAACUCAGUAACCGUCCUGCGGGACUGCAUGAAGAAUGAGAGCCUGGUGCGCUUCUUCCAGGAAAGGCAGGCCACCCUGUGCCACUCGUUGCCUCUGGAGACCUACCUGCUGAAACCGGUGCAAAGGAUUCUUAAAUACCACCUUCUACUGCAGGAACUAUCCAAACACUUUGAUAAAAGUGAUCCAGGGUAUGAGGUGGUAGAAGAAGCCAUUAUAACCAUGACAGCAGUCGCAUGGUACAUCAAUGACAUGAAGAGGAAACAGGAACAUGCAGUCAGACUUCAGGAGAUUGAGAGCUUGUUGCUGAACUGGACUGGUCCCGAUCUCAGCGGUUUUGGGGAACUGGUUCUUGAAGGUUCCUUCCGAGUUCAGCGUGUGAAAAAGGAAAGAGCAUUCUUUCUUUUUGACAAAAUGCUUCUCAUUGCCAAGAAGAGGCUGGAUCAUUUCAUAUACAGUACUCACAUAUUUUGCUGUAAUCUGCUCUUAGUGGAAAAUAUGAAGGAUCCCCUCUGUUUUAAGGUUUCUGACCAAACAAUCCCCAAACAGCAACACAUUGUUCAGGCUAAAAAUCAGGAGGAGAAGCGGCUGUGGCUACAUUACCUCAAGAGGAUGAUAGUGGAGAACCACCCUGCAUCCUUGCCCCAAAAAGCAAGACAGGUUCUUGGUGACAACUUCUGUCAGUCCCCACAGUUUGAUCAGGAGCCAAUAAGAAAGCCGAUGCCCUCUCCACGACUGGAUGAUGUUCAUAACUACCACAGAGGAAGAAGGCAAUCAGAACCACCAGAGUUCAUCUACACCCCUGAGAAAGCCAGGAAAUGCCUUCCACUCCUCCUAGAGGGAAACCUGCCAUACAAGCGUGGGAGAAGGCAGUCUGCCCCUGCCAAAGAUAUAGAAGCUGCAUUCCAGCAAAGUGGGUCUUUAAAGGCUGGCAGUGAAGGGGAGUUGUGCCCACAGGCUGAUAGCAUGGGCUCUUCAGGCAGUACCAGUACCCUGGCAUCGUCUGUCAUUGAAGUUGAAUCUGGCCAUGAUGAUCUGGUUUUAUGUCAGGAUGAGGAUGACAUGACCCCACUUUCUCCACCACCAACACUGUCCAUUACUGAGGAAAUCAUGCAGUUCAUUAACCAGAGCCGUGCUCGACAAGGCAUGGCAGAGUUAACUUCUGAAGUGUGCCAGUUGACUCCAGAGUCCCUGGAAGUCAAACCACUGGAGGCACAGCAGUCAGAUGAAUCUAAACCACUACUAUCUGAGGUGGAUGAUAAUAAACAUCAGAUGGAUAAUAACAUUUCAGAGGCAGACAAUAAACUGGUGGAUGGGUCAGACAAAGAUGAGAACAGCUAUCCAUCCUGUGAAGCAAAUGUUGCUUCACUAGAGGAGCUUGAGAGAGCAUCAUCACCAUUGCACAUCUCCAAAGAAGUGAAUCAAUCAGAAGAGUUGACAUUACCAGAGCCUAGUCAUAGUGAAUCAUCCAAACCAGAGAUGGAGAAGACCAUAAGUGAAAAGGGGGGAAAAUAUACUGAGGACUCUGUUAGUAAAAGUGAAGAGCCUCAUCUAUCUGAUAAUUUGGACAAAACUGAUGACACGGCAUGUGAGGCCAGUUCAGCUUGUGCUCACAUUGCCUCUACAUUGACAACAACUGACAUCUCUCUUGUCCCCAACGUAGAACCUGAGCAAAAACUGACCAAAAGUGACAAGCAGAUUAUUGAGAAGAUACGCAGCUAUUAUGAGGCAGCAGAGGCAGGUGUCGAGGAGGGUCAGAUGGCAAGAAGGAACAGCUUCUCAAAUAUUCCUACAGGAUUAGUGAAGGAUUCUGUGUCCCGAUUCAAUGUUUUUGUUCACCAAGACAGUCUAGUUGAGUCUGAGAGUGGCCACUCAGACUGUGUUGAAACUGACUUAGCAUCUUCAUUACUUCCAAUAUCAGACCAGGCUGACCAGUGUGGUCAGACGAUUGAGUCUGACCAGACUUUCAAACAUCAAGAAUCUGCUCUCUCACAUUCAGAUAUUAUCCAAGAACAAAAAGAAGAAUUGGACGGCAAGACUGCAGAACAAAAGGAUGUAGAAAUUCUACAUUCUACAGAAAAUCCUUCUGUAGAGUUUAGUCCCUGUAUGAAACUGUGGAAGGAGAAAGAAAGAAUUGAUCAAGAGUCUCAAAACAAUUUGAAAGUCCCUCUCUCAAGAGAGAACAGCUGUGUUGAACACACAGAUGCUUCUGAAAAAAAUAAGAUAUCUAUUAAUUGCUCAACACCCCUACUACAGCAUAAGCAAAAUGAAGGUUCACAAAGCCAAUCAGACACUUCAGAUCCAUCUAAUCUGCAGAUAACAGAGACAGCGGAUACAUCUCUUCAAUAUGGAGGAAGAACCAGAGCUAGAAUGUCUUCUAAUGGAAGCCUGGACAGCCUUCCCAGUCAGAUUAAAGUUGGCCGGUGGUCACGUCAUGGCAAGGUGGUAACAUGUAGUCAUACCCUUUAUGAAGGAAUGGCAGAGGUACCAGAUUUAGGUUUUUUUGAGGGUGGACCAGUCAACCAAUGCUUGGUAGAGAACUCAGAAAAGAUUCUUAAUAAAGUACAAAUGCUUGCACGCAUGUACACUGCCAAGGCAAGCAGCAUGAAGGUACCACUACAUCAGAAGAAAACACGAGUGAGUAGGGGAGCAUGGUUAGUGGAAGGAAAAGGGAGCACUUCACCCAAGUCACAGAAAGUGCAGCUUCAUCGGGGGGAUAUGAGAAUACUAAGUCAGCCCGCAGAAGAAUCUUCAGUAUCCACAUCUACUGAGGCUUUUGGUCACAUUAUUUUAAGGGAGAAGCUGUCUACAAUGUAUCACCAAGAAAAUGAUUGUAAUCUCAUUGGGCCUCCAGAUGAGAUCUCAACAAUUGGAUCUGAUUCAUUGUCUUUUUCUUCUGCUGAAUCCUCUGCUACUUCAGUUGAAAUAUUAACAACUGUUAUGGAAUCACAGGUCUCUGUGAUAUCAGACCAUAGAGAAAGCUCCUUAGAAAGAUCUGAGUCUAAACAACACGAAGGAGCCCAAUCCUUGUUACUUUCAACUUCUGGACCUCAUGUCCAAGAAAUGCCAUCCAACCUCUCUGAAUUUCCUUUAAAUGAGCAUGCUUACAACAUAUCUCAGUCCAUUCAGGAGAACUAUUCAAAUGUUGGGGACAAAUUCAUUGCAAUAAAUGGGAUUGAAGAAGGUCAGAUAUUGCAAGAGGAAAACCCUGCUUUUGUGAGCAAUUCUGGUCCAAGUAGUCAACAUUUUACUGACCCAUUAGUCAUUAAAAAUUUAGAAGAAGAGACUCACAGUGUGGAUGAGAAAAGUGCCUCAAUUGUACAGUGCUGUGAAAGAAUAUUGACCAUAGAUGGUCAACAAGAUGAAAUGCAUACAGGACAUUUGAAAUCCAAGCAGGUCCAAGAUGAUACUGAAACCACUAGCUUAGAAAAAAUGACACCUGUAGCGACCUCUGUUAACAAAGUAGUUGCAUGUCCUCCAUUACAGCAAGCAGACUUCUUGAAAAACUGUGUUUCAAACACUUUGAUCAUCUCCGAGAGGUCAGAGCAGUCAUGCCCUUUGGCCCAGUUGCAGGAGGAUACAACUAUCCCUACACUUAGUACAUGCAGCAAGUGUAGUCCUCUGGAUGUUAAAUCCAAAGAAGACCUGAGCAAUAAUUCAAAGUCUUAUAGCCCACCAGCUACACCCCCUUUAGGUGGACCUUCGUUUGAUGAACUUCCAAGGUUUACUAGCCAAAGACCUUCUAAUCUACCCUCCACUGCUGGAAAGAGGAGUACCUUUGCCAAUUGGAAUUCAUCUUCCGUCGAUCAAAGAGUGCCACAUUCUUCAUUGCGGACUGAGGAGCAGAUUCAGGGUACUUCUGAUUUUGGCCUUUCUCAUAACAGACAAUCUUUAUUCCAUACUGUUAAUGAUAAGCCAUUAAACAUUCCCUUUGGUUUUGGACGUCCAUUAGAUGCAAAACCACCCUCUGCCUUUAGUCCAAACUUGCGAAUGCGAUCACCCUCUCCAAUUAGAGGCGCCCAGAACUCCAGACCGUCCUCAACGGCCUCAGCUCUUGCAAAGUCUCUUGCUGCCUCUUGUAUCAGUCAGACAAUUUCUCAAAACAUGGCCAAGAGAGGUGCACAUCUUCAGACUGCUUCUCCAACUGUAAGCUCAUCUUCUCUGCCCACAUCUUCAGUUAGACUUAGGUCACCAUCACCUAAAUCCAUCACCUUGGACUUAAGUGUGGAGUCAGGUUGUAGAAGCACAUCCAGUACUGGGGUAGGAAAUCCCCAAGGUCAGCCCCCAAGGUCUUCUUCAUCCCCAUGUAGAUCAAACAGUCUUCGAUCUAGUCCAGCAACAGUUCAGACUCCUCCUCCUUUUCGAAGUCAGCGGUCAAUAUCCCCUGCACCUCCAGUUAGCCUCCAUUCAACUCCAUCUGCUAACAGCCCAAGCUCUGCUGCUCUUGAACAGCCUCCUUACACCAGUUUAAAUAGUAAUAACAACAACAACAACAAUAACAACAGUUUGAGUAAUAAUGGGUGGGCCACUAACCACAAAAAAGCACCACACUCAAAUGUGGGUGGACUCCCUCAUUUCCACGAUCCUCAACGAACAACCUUGCACAAUAGGGUGGCUCGGCCCUUCCCGUCUUCCGAGCCCAGCUCUCGUGUACAGUCCCCCUCUAUUUCCCCUUCUCCAAUUACUCGAAUCUGCUCCCCUCCACCUACCCCGAACCAUUCAAGUAAUCUGGUAACAAAGCCACCAAAUCCCAGAGCCCCCAGACAAGGUGGCUUUUUUACCCCUUUAUCUUUGGACAUCUCUAGAUCAACAUCAGCUUGUUCACUAUCUCCCUGUGGGAGCCCCAGAAUCACCUCUCCUCCCCCUAUUGGCAUUCCUACAAGUGUAUGGGGCUUUGCUAAUCCACAGCCAAGGAAUCCCUCAUUAACAAAUACAUAUUCUCCAACAAAAGUGGAAACAAACUCUCCACCAAAAGGCACCAGAAUAAUCUCUCCUACCCCAAUGGGGAUGUCUCCAUGUUCAGCAACCAUCUCUCAGAGCCAGAGGAGGCUACGAGGAAACAGUUUGCCCUUUGUUGCUCUUGGGGAUAGACCACCAAGUCCAAAAAGACAGGAACGCAGGUCUUGGGCAGAAAGUGGACGAUGGUCAGUGGGUUCAGAAUUGGGGUUAGUAAGUCCCCGUGGGGGUUCAUACAGUGGUAGCCCAUCUUCUACCAGCCCUGGCCCUCUUUCACCUGUCAGACUAACAGCCGAAAGGACCAGUCAUAAUGGAAAACAUUUAACAAACAUUGCCUGGCCGGAUGUACAUGAUCAGUUGAUUAAAUACAACACAGAGCCCAAUACUGAAACCAACACAUUGUCCUACAGCGAGGCAGAGCUAGAUGACAUAGAGGUUGCAGAAUCUACAUGUCGGAGCACCCUGAUCUGUCCCUAUGUUGCUCCAGUCAGCCCCAAUGACAGAGAGACUCCCAUUCAUUGCCCAGAUGCGGGCAAAACAGAAGAUAGUGUUAUUAAUCAAGGGUCCAAAACAACAUUAAAAACAAGUUAUGCCACCACCGUCAACUUGCAGAUUGCCGGAAGUGGGAGGAUAGCAUCCUUUAGCAAUGCACAAGUCAGCCUGACUCAAACACUGUCCCCUGUAGCAGAUAGCCAGGGCAGGAGAAGGGUCAGCAUCAAUAGCUGCAACUUCUCAAUGCAGAACUGCAAAAGGCUUUGAGUGGUGUGCUCCUGAGGUCUGGUAUGGUGCCUCAUUCUUCAAAGACACUUUAUCUGGCACUUUAGCAUGUAGAAGAGGAGUCUGCUUAGAGAUCCCAGUCCACUUCACU